AUGGAUUCCCAGGAUCAGCGCCCAAGGUCGCCCUCCGCGGGCGUUCAUAACCGCAGUCUCAGCCGCUCCGUCUCUCCUCAUGCUCAGCAUUAUCAAGACCUCUCCACCACGACCGCUACCUCCUAUCCGGCCGUCUCCUACCAGACCUCCCUCCCCGGCUCGACCGGCGCCGAGGCUUACAGUUAUACAAACACCUACUUGUCUCCGGCGCAAGCCUCGUAUACUUCCCCUCCGUCUCAGGAGCAGCAGGCCUUUGCCCAGAACCAGCAGCAGUACUCGCACUCGUUCGAGGCCAGUUUCGUCAAUCAACUCGAACAGUCCUCCGCCCAGCGGGAGGAGAAUUUCUCGAACCUCCUUAAUUCGAGCCAGGGCGAUUUUGAUUUCACCCUUUACUCCACCGACAACAGCGGCGUCCCCUCCGAAUUCGACUCCUCCCUCUUGCUGGAUCCACAGCAACAGGCGCGACAAUCGUCUUCGCAGCCGGGAAAUCAGUCGGUCAAUCCUGCUGAUCUGGUGAGCGCCAUGUCGUCGCCUCACAAUGCGGCCUCGCCCCAUUUUCUGCCCCCGGAACAGCAUUCAUCCUCCCCGGGGAACAACCACACAUCCCCGCCCGCGUCCGGCCCGUUUUAUUCCCAUUCCCCCCAACACUCCCGGCACACCUCCUUGGAUCCCGUAAGCGCGGCCUAUAUGACCAGCCAGUCGCAUUCGGACUGGCAAGGCUUGUUAGGGAAUCCUUCCUUCCAAGGCCACCGACGAGCGCCGUCGGAGCACUCGGACGUGUCUUCCGCGGCGCAUUCGCCAUUCAUGGCUCAGCAGGAGUCCUUUGAGGGCGUAGAAAGCAACGCUUCUCCUCUGCUCUCGGCGCAGAAUGACUCCAGCCUCUACGAGAAUGCUUUGGGCAUUGAAUCCUUCAGUCUGUCCGAGCAGCAGCAGCAACAGCAGCAGGGAUUCAGUCCCGCUCAUAGUCCGUAUAUGUCUCCGCAGACCAUGCCGCAACAACAGACCGGCGACAUAGGGAACGAGCCUCUGUUUCUCUCGGCGCAACAUACCGGUAAUCAAUUUCCUGCCCUUCAAGGUGAUAUGUAUGGCGAGGGUGCCAUGGGGAACAUGCAGCCAGCAAGCACUGCUCCCGGAGAGAUGGGUCAGGCCACUCAAAUGGCCCCGCCUCCAUCCAUCAACGUUGAGCUUGCGCCUCCUUCUCGAAUGCCCAGCUUUGGUCCGGGUAAAGAGGCCGACCUGGAUGCUUUGACUCCUCCUUCACGUUCGCGUGGACGUAGCAAAUCGGACCCUUUUGGUCGUCCUGUUGCCCGACCUCGCUCGCCCUCCACAAGCAGCAGUCUGGAGCCGGUGGCCGCGACGAGUCCGAGAUCCCUCUCGCCGUUCGACUCACGUAGCAACCCGAGUUCACGCGAUCCUUCCCCAUCCUCCAAGUCAACGCGACGACAGUCGACCUCCUCCAUCGACAGUCGCAACUAUAUCCUGGAUCUGGCGGAUCCUCAGCGGCCUGGUGCGUCCCCGAGCGACUCGAAGCGCAUGCAGAAACACCCAGCCACCUUCCAAUGCCAUCUAUGUCCAAAGCGCUUCACCCGUGCCUACAAUCUGCGGUCUCAUCUCCGCACCCACACCGACGAGAGGCCUUUCGUCUGUACCGUCUGCGGGAAGGCAUUUGCUCGCCAACAUGAUCGCAAGAGACAUGAAGGACUCCAUUCGGGAGAGAAGAAGUUCGUCUGUCGGGGAGAUCUGGCCGGAGGUGGCCAGUGGGGCUGUGGACGUCGGUUCGCUCGUGCUGAUGCCCUGGGGCGUCAUUUCCGAUCGGAAGCCGGUAGAAUCUGCAUCAAACCGCUGCUAGAUGAAGAAGCCAACGAGAGGAAUCGCAAUCUCCUGCAGCAGCAGCAGCAGCAGCAGCAGCAGCAGCAACAACAACAACAGCAAGCAACCGGCCACCUGCAGCCGGUCCCGCAGCCCAUGAUGAUCUCCGGUAUGGAUAAUCAACAGUCGGGUGGUGGGUUCACGCUCCCUGCCGCAUUGCUCGCCCAGUAUCCUGCUCUCCAGACCCUGCAGUGGGACCAACUCGCCCCGGGGGGCGAUGAUCCCAACGACAUCAGUGGUCGAAGCAGCUUCGACGCGAGUUCGGGCGGGGAGUUUGGGUACGAUGAAGACGAUUCUGGCCUGAGUGGCGGCUAUACCAGUGGUCCGGGGACCAUGUAUGGCUCGUCGGGGGGCCAGAUGCUGGGCGUGAAUACGGGUGACGGCGGAUAUGGCUCUCAGGAGUGGGCCAGCGAUUUCGAGCAGAGGUGA